AUGCAAUUAGAAAGAGCUCAGAUCAAAACUUGGAAAGAUCUUGUGGAUGCUUUCCUUACUCAAUACAGUUACAAUCUGAAUAUUGCUCCCAACCGCAUGCAACUACAAAACCUGUCUCAAAGGAGUAAUGAAGCAUUCAAGGAAUAUGCCCAGCGUUGGAGGGAGUUGGCCGCUCAAGUCCAACCUCCCUUGAUGGAUCGCGAAUUGGUAGACACUUUCAUGAGCACUCUGCAAGGACCCUACUAUGAAAAAAUGAUAGGGAGUAUUUCAUCCAAUUUCGCAGAUUUGGUAAUCAUAGGAGAGCGUGUGGAAGCAGGAAUUAAGAAUGGAAAGAUUCAGAAGUUCACUAAGGAUCAGACUGGUGGAAGGAGGUCCUUCAAUGCGAAUCCAAGGAAGAAGGAGGAGGAAACUAAUGCCAUCACCACAAGUGCACCAGCUCAAAUAUCAUACUCGGCAAUGGUUCCUCCACAACCACAACAAAGGAACCAAUCUAAUGGCCGAAACAACUUUGAAAAGAGGGUUGUGCAAUUAGACCGUGUGCCUGUGCCAUACGGUCAAAUCCUCCCUUAUCUGCUACAAAAAGGGAUGAUAGAGCUAAAGCAGCUUCCACCGGUAGUACCUCCUUACCCAGCUCAUUUUAAGAGUGAUGUCAAGUGCGAUUACCACUCUGGGGCACUUGGACAUACUAUUGAAAAUUGCAAAGCCUUUAAGUACAAGGUACAAGAGUUGAUUGAUCAGAAGCUGUUAACCUUUAAGGAGGAGGGACCCAAUGUGAAGACCAAUCCGCUGCCUGGCCAUGCUGGCCCAUCUGUGAAUGCUGUGGAGGAUGAUGGAGGAAUUCAAUUGAUAGAUGAAGUUUCUAAGAUCCGAACUCCACUAGCAAUAGUUAGAGAAAAGCUAAUUGGUUAUGAAGAAUUCGAGAUGAUGCACUCUGACUGUGAAGAGUGUACAAGGAAACCUGAGAAUUGUAAGAAGAUGAGGAUGUGUUUACAACAGUUGAUGGAUCAAGGCUUGGUCCAGAUUGGCUACUCAGUAGUAAACCCCGUCAUUGCGGCAUUAGAGGACUUCACGCCAAUUGAGAUCCCAUUCAAAGGGGCCCCUAUACUAAAUAAGGAGGUCCACCCACUAGUCUUCAGGGUGCCUAAGUCUUUUCCAUUCGAGAGCACUCAAAAGGUACCAUGGAAUUAUCAACCUACUGUUUCCAUGGGCCAAGAGCAAGUAACACUUGAAAAUCCCUCCGUUGACAGCAUUGUGGGGAUAGGAGGGAUGACAAGAAGUGGGAGGAUCUUUUCUCAUGAUCAGUCAAGCAAGGUUAUUGAGAAGCCCCUGUUGGAUCUAGCUAAAGGGAAGCAUGUAGAAGAGAUGGGUAAAGAGCAGCCCCAUAAGGUGGCACCUAAAGGGGAUGCCGAAGAAUUUUUAAAGAUCAUUCGCAAGAGUGAUUAUCAAGUGGUUGAUCAGUUAGGGCAAACUCCGUCUAAAAUCUCUAUGCUAUCAUUAUUGCUAUCCUCAGAAAUCCAUAGGAAUGCCUUAAUGAAAGUGUUGGGAGAAGCCCAUGUUGAGAAAGACGUCACCGUGAAUCAAUUUGACGGGAUAAUAGCCAACAUCGCUUCAAGCAGAUAUCUCGGGUUUAAUGAUGAAGAAUUACCAGCCAAAGGUUGUGACCACAACAAGGCAUUGUAUAUAUCUGUCAAGUGUUUGGGCAACAUCUUGUCCAAAGUAUUGAUAGAUAAUGGUUCGUCCCUGAAUGUCAUGCCCAAGAGGACCUUCGAUAAGUUAAACAGCGAAGGGGCAGUAAUGAGGCCUAGCACACUUGUUGUCAAAGCCUUCGAUGGCUCGGAAAGGACGGUCAUGGGAGAGAUAGACCUUCCAGUUUUGGUUGGUCCCCAGCUCUUCACAAUCACUUUCCAAGUCAUGGAUAUUAAUCCUGCUUAUAGUUGCCUCCUUGGAAGACCAUGGAUUCAUUCGGCUGGUGUUGUCACAUCCACCCUACAUCAAAAGCUCAAGUUCAUGUCCAACGGCAAGAUCAUCAUAGUAUCCAGUCAAGAGGAUAUUAUGGUGAGUCAUUUGUCCGCCUUUCAGUACAUUGAGGAAGAUGAGCAAGCAGUGGAAAUUCCGUUUCAUGCUCUGGAGGUCGCAACUGUCACCAUGAAGCGAAAGAAGAAAGCUAAACCUGCCUUCACUUCAUGGCAAGCAAUGAAGGAAGCAUUGGACGAAGCAAGUUUAGAGGGUUGGGGGAAGGUGCCUGUGGUUCAAGAAAAGAAGGAUCGCUUUGGGCUAGGAUAUCGACCAUCAACAAAGGGAUCGACCAGUUCUAACUACAAGGGUGGUCGUUCCCUCCAAGAAAUGUUUCGCAGUGCGGGGUUCAACAACAAAGAGCAAGUGAACAUGAUUGGGGAUAAUGAGGAAGAUGCACCUAACCUAGUGCGCAGCUGUGCUAAUGAAGAGCCCCUCAACAAUUGGAAGGCCGAGGAGAUUUCUGAAGUUUCUUUUAAGAAAAUGAAAACAUCCUCAUGCAGAUCCAUAGAAAUACCCGUUGAAACCUACCCCGCUAGUUUCCCUUUUGACUUCGAACAUCCGGUAAACCAAGCCGAAGGAGUUGACGAGGAUGAUUGUGAACUUCCUGAAGGACUAGCUCGCCUGUUGAAACAAGAAGAAAAGGCCAUUCAGCCGCAUCAAGAGCAAGUUGAGACAAUCAACUUGGGGAGCGAGUCAGAUGUAAAAGACGUCAAAGUAGGGGCAUCAUUGCAAGAAGAUGUGAAGAAGGAUUUGGUCAGUUUGUUGCAAGAAUACGUCGAUGUGUUUGCUUGGUCUUAUCAAGAUAUGCCAGGAUUGGAUACCGACAUAGUUGUGCACAAGCUCCCACUCAAGCCUGAAUGUGCACCUGUAAAACAGAAGAUGAGAAGAACAAGACCUGAUAUGGCUCUCAAGAUCAAAGAAGAAGUGAAGAAGCAAUUUGAUGCAGGAUUUCUAACUGUGGCCAAGUACCCGCAAUGGGUUGCCAACAUUGUACCUGUCCCAAAGAAGGAUGGCAAGGUACGAAUGUGUGUGGAUUACCGAGACUUGAACCGAGCAAGUCCAAAGGAUGACUUCCCGUUGCCCCACAUAGAUGUGUUGGUGGAUAAUACCGCUCAGUCCUCAGUGUUUUCUUUCAUGGAUGGUUUCUCCGGAUAUAAUCGGAUCAAGAUGAAUCCUGAAGAUAUGGAAAAAACUACUUUCAUUACUCCGUGGGGGACUUUCUGCUACAAAGUCAUGCCUUUUGGUUUGAAGAAUGCUGGAGCAACAUAUCAAAGAGCGAUGGUGACCCUCUUUCAUGAUAUGAUUCACAAGGAGAUAGAGGUGUACGUGGAUGAUAUGAUUGCCAAGUCUCAAGGAGAAGAAGAGCACCUGGUCCACCUGCGUAAGUUGUUCGCACGUUUAAGGAAGUUCAGAUUGCGACUGAAUCCUAACAAAUGUACAUUCGGGGUCAGAUCAGGAAAACUGUUAGGGUUCAUAGUCAGCCAAAGAGGAAUUGAGGUAGACCCAGAUAAGGUUAAGGCUAUACAAGAAAUGCCUGCGCCCAAAUCUGAAAAGGAGGUGCGUGGUUUCUUGGGAAGACUGAAUUACAUCGCCCGCUUUAUCUCGCAUCUCACAUCUACCUGUGAACCAAUCUUCAAGUUAUUAAGGAAGGAUCAAGCUGUUGAAUGGAAUGACGACUGUCAAAAGGCAUUUGAUAAGAUCAAGGAAUAUCUGCAAGAGCCGCCCAUUCUGAUUCCACCUGUGCCCGGUAGGCCGCUCUUAAUGUACAUGACUGUGCUUGAAGAUUCAAUGGGUUGUGUGUUGGGUCAACAAGAUGAAACCGGUAAAAAGGAGCAUGCUAUCUAUUUCCUAAGCAAGAAGUUCACAGAUUGUGAAUCAAGGUACACUACGCAUUUGAUUUCCAAGAUGGAUCCUAUCAAGUACAUCUUUGAAAAACCUGCCGUUACCGGAAAGAUUGCGCGCUGGCAGAUGUUGCUGUCUGAGUACGAUAUCCAGUAUGUCGCUCAAAAGGCAAUCAAAGGAAGUGUGUUGGCGGAGUAUCUUGCUCACCAACCUCUAGAAGAGCAUCAGCCGGUUCCAUCCGAUUUUCCUGAUGAAGAUGUCAUGAUCUUAGAGAAAGUUAUAGGAGAUGAAGAAGGGCCCGAACCAGGCGCACGUUGGAAACUAGUCUUCGAUGGAGCUUCCAAUGCCAUGGGGCACGGAGUCGGGGCAGUUUUGAUAUCACCAAGAGGUGGGUAUAGACCUCUUGCAGCCAGAUUGUGCUUUGAGUGUACAAACAACAUAGCAGAAUAUGAAGCCUGCAUCAUGGGUCUCGAGGCAGCCAUCGAUCUAAGGAUCAAAAUCUUAGAAGUAUAUGGAGACUCAGCGUUAGUCAUCUGUCAAGUAAAAGGAGAAUGGGAAGCACGGCACCCAAAGAUAAUCCCAUAUUGCACUCAAGUCAAGAAGCUAACAGAGUACUUCGAUGAGAUCACUUUCCAUCACAUUCCAAGGGAAGAGAAUCAGGUGGCCGAUGCUUUAGCUACGUUAUCUUCAAUGUACAAAGUAAGGUUCCACAACGAAGCACCUCUCAUAAUAUUGGAACGUAAGGAUGAACCAGCUGUGUGCACAGUGGCUUCAAAGGAAUAUGAUGACAAACCAUGGUUCCAUGAUAUCAAGCGAUAUUUGGAAAAACAAGAGUAUCCCGAAGGUGCGUCAAUCAGUGACAGAAAGACAUUGAGAAGGUUGGCCACACAGUUCUUCUUAGAUGGGGAAGUACUCUACAAAAGAAACUAUGACAUGGUGUUGCUUAGAUGUGUAGACCGACAAGAAGCGGAUCAUCUUCUGGCAGAAAUCCAUGCAGGAACUUUCGGGACUCACGCCAAUGGGCAUGCAAUGGCAAGAAAGAUCUUGAGGGCAGGGUAUUAUUGGCUGACCAUGGAAGCAGACUGCUACCGUUAUGUCAAAACAUGUCAUAAGUGCCAAAUAUAUGCCGACAAGGUGCAUGUGCCACCAAACCCGUUGAAUGUGUUAACGGCACCUUGGCCGUUCUCUAUGUGGGGCAUUGAUGUAAUUGGAAUGAUUGAGCCGAAAGCUUCUAACGGACACAGGUUCAUCUUGGUCGCUAUUGAUUACUUCACCAAAUGGGUUGAAGCAGCUUCAUAUGCGAAUGUGACACAACAAGUAGUAGCCCGAUUCAUCAAGAAAGAAAUAAUCUGUCGUUACGGGAUUCCUAACAAAAUUAUCACAGAUAAUGGGUCAAACCUAAACAACAAGUUAGUGAAAGAAUUAUGCGAUGGUUUCAAGAUUGAACACCAUAACUCUUCGCCGUACCGACCACAGAUGAACGGCGCCGUGGAAGCAGCCAACAAGAAUAUCAAGAGGAUUAUUCAGAAGAUGGUCAAGACGUAUAAAGAUUGGCAUGAGAUGCUCCCGUAUGCAUUGCAUGGAUAUAGGACGACCAUCCGUACCUCAACCGGGGCAACCCCUUUCUCUCUAGUAUAUGGCAUGGAGGCAGUACUUCCCGUCGAGGUGGAAAUCCCUUCAUUGAGAGUGUUGAUGGAGACCAAACUAGAAGAGGCGGAGUGGGCCCAAACAAGGUUUGACCAGUUGAAUCUCAUAGAGGAAAAGCGCUUAACGGCACUCUGCUAUGGUCAGCUGUAUCAACAACGACGCAAGAAGGCCUUUGACAAGAAAGUGCGCCCCCGUGAGUUUCGAGAAGGCGAGCUAGUAUUGAAGAAGAUCUUGCCCAUCCACAAAGAUUCCCGAGGCAAAUGGACCCCUAACUAUGAGGGACCAUACGUGGUGAAGAAAGCAUUUUCAGGAGGAGCCUUAAUCCUCGCCACUAUGGAUGAAGAAGAAUUUCCACUCCCAGUGAAUGCUGACGCGGUCAAGAAGUAUUAUGCCUAAGAAAAAAAGAGAAAUAAAAAUAAAGGCUCGCUAGAUUGAAAACCCGAAAGGGCAAUCUAGGCAAUAGAGAGCGUCCCGGUAGACUGAAAACCUGAAAGGGCAGUCUAGGCAAAAAUUAGGGACACCAAAAAAGGAAAUGUAAUCCCGGUGGAUUGAAAACCCGAAAGGGCGAUCCAGGCAAAAGUUAGGGAUAUGUAAAAAAAAAAAAAAAAAAAA